AUGACCUCAUCCGUUGGGCUGCAGCAAGGCAAGCGCCCAACCACCAUGAAUAAUCACCUCCCCUCGGUGUCCAGCCUCAUGUCGCCUCCCGAGACGAAGCCGCUCGAGAGCUUUCACUCCUCCUUCUCGCCGCUGAUGCCUCGGGACACGUCGCUCGGUGGCGAUGUCACGCUCCCGCCCAUCUCAGCAGAUCGGAAGCGCACCCAGUCCGAGAUGGACCUGCCUUCCCCACCAGUGACCCCGUACACGGGGAACAAGAAGAGGAGAUCGCAAACGGCAGAGCAGAUCGAGCGAGAUGUCAGCUCGUCGCGGGACCCUGUCCUCUUCCCGCGCCACGAUUCCAUCACCGAGGUUGCCACUGAUGAGCCGCUCUUCGGCCCCAUCGCCCCGCCAGCCGCUCAGGCCCUUGUGGAGCAGCACAUCAAUUCCCACAUGGCCAGGUUUGACAACAAACUGAACAAACCGACCCGGGAUGAAUAUCUCCUGGCGCUGUCGUGUGUGCCGAUGGUGUCGACCCACUACAACCGCAACCCGCUGGCCUGGGCCAGGGAGGAACGCGAGACCCUCGAGCGCCAGCUGAUCUUGAUGAACCGUUAUCGUCCCGACGCGGAGGCGAAGCUGAAGAAGAUCGCCCCAGCCCCAUCCAAGAAGAUGGGAAUCGCCCACACACGGGUGCAGCGCGCACCCCGCGUCAAGCGAACCCCCAAAUCUACCCCCAAACAACAGGCCCUGGAUCACUUUGAUUCCCCCGGGUCGGCCGCGAAACCCUCCCGCACCCUGGGAACCGCCCGGGAUGACACAGACUUUCACUCUCUCCAGGACUACUCACCCUCGGUGGAAACGCUCGGUGGCAAUGCGAAAGCCCUGAAAGCGGACUGGAAGGGCCAGAUGUUAGACUUGAGCAAUGACCCGGACCGACAUCUACUCAGCCCGGCCGAGCUCAACCUUGCCUCCACGUUGCGCCUGUCGUGCGCGACAUAUCUCUGCAGCAAGCGCCGUAUCUUUGAAGCCCGCGUCAAGGCUUUGGGAGUCGGCAAGGAGUUCCGCAAGACGGAUGCUCAGCAAGCCUGCAAGAUUGAUGUCAACAAAGCAAGCAAGCUUUGGACGGCCUAUGAGCGUGUUGGCUGGUUCAAACCUGAGCUUUUCACCCGGUUUCUGCGGUGA